GAGCAGCAGGCAGCCGGGCCACCAGGCGCAGCAGGGGCCACCGGGCCCCGGGCGGGAGCAGAGCACGGCACCCGGGCCUCCGGGCGGAGCAGCAGGCACCGGGCCCCCGGGCGGAGCAGCAGGCACUCGGGCUCCCCGGGCGGCGCGACGGGCCCCGGGUGGGGCGACGGCAUCGGGGGCCCCAGGGACGGAGCGACAGGUCUCGGGCCCCCAGGGGGAGCUGACAGGUCUGGGCCCCCAGGCGGAUUAGGACAGGUCUCGGGCCCCCAGGCGGAGCGCACCACGGUCUCGGGCCCCCCAGGCGGAGCUUUAGGUACGAACAGGUCUAGGGGCCCCAGGCGGAGCGACAGGUCU